GUUAUAUUGUUAUUGCUGCUGUUGUUAUGAGGAAAUGUGCAAUCUCCUUUCCAGUUGGCAAAAAUCUUUAAAACAGAGAAGAAGCUUUUAAAAAGCAAAACCUCAAAAUACAUUUUUGAAACUUGUACAGCUAUAAAAUAGUUUUAAUGAACUAUGUCAGCUUACUAGCAACAUCAAAAACCAUACUUGUAUUAGAAACUAAAAUAUAUUGUUUGGAAUUAUAUUGUUUGGAAUUGCUACUCUGUCUUUUGGAAUCUGACCUGUGUGGUUCUACAGGGUUCUCUGUUGUUCCUCAGACCAAUAUUUUCCACACCAAAUAUAAGUGACUGAGGGGAUUGACUGUAGAUUUGGGAUAUGAUGUUAUAUUUUUGGCUCUGUUCCUUGUUAUCUAGCCAGUAUACAAUCACCCAAUGUAAUUCCAGGGACUAAGUUGCAUUGUAUACAAUGAUAGAACUAUGAUUCCACACACAAUGGGAUCGUCACAUUAGAGAAUGAUUAUUCUACCUGUCUCUAAUGCUUCAGCUAGCUAUAAACCCUAGGAUUCCUCUAAAUGUUGCCGAGGCUGCUAAAGUGGGUCAUAGCACUUUAAUUGUGUAGUGCAAAAUGGUCCCAGAAAUUGACCAAAGGAGCAUAUUUCACCUAAGGUUAAUCUCACUUUGUUUCUCUGCACAAUUCAUAGUGCUAUUUUUAACUUUGAACAUGCCAGAUUUUCAUCGCAGAUAUCUUACCAGUCUCCCCCUGCACACACAUAUUUGAAAGAAGUCUUGUCCAAUUUUUUUGUCCUGCAUGGUGAAGCUGUUUCACGCAAGAAGCUUACAUAAGGAGCAGAAACAUCAACCAUAACUUCCUUGUGGGUUUUUCAGUGGUGGUUGAUUGCUUACUAUGGAAAAUGGGCUAUUGGACUACACAGGCCCUUUGGGCCAUUCCUCUCCAGUUUUCUUAAUCAGUGGCUCUCCAGAUUUCCUUCCUCAAGGAACCUCUGCUCAUUUUUCUUGUACUUUCUGGUAGUGUAACUGACAACAACUUUAUUUCAGCAGGCAUUUGAAAGGUAAGGUAGAUGAGCACCUUAUUAUGAGCUUCUCCUUUUUUCUCCUCUCCUUUGUUCUAUAGUUUAAAAUGUGUGUUUGAAUUAGUUGUGUGAAGUGUUUAUAGUUUAGCAUUAAUUAAACUCUCCUGAAAGCUUUUUGUAAGGCCAUGUACUGGGAGAAAAAAUGAUGCACUUUUCUCAUUUACUAUUUAAUUCAACUGAGAGAACCUACCAGAUGCAACUGAGAACUGAGCUCAUGAAGACAACACAGUCCAUGUAUUGUCCAACUUUGACUGGAUAAUAUUUCCUUAAGUUUGAAAUGGCAAGUCAUGUUGAAUUAUGUGCAGACUGGCAUUUCUCUUAACAAGAAGAUUCCCAUUUCCCUUUGGGCACAUGUUCUGUAGCACUGGGAACUUGUAUUGCAUAAUUCUUCACAGAGCAGGCAUCUAUUCAGAAGUAAUUUGUCAAUGUGUCAUAAGGCUUACUUUCCAUCAGUAGUACAGUGAGCCCCCGGUGGCACAAUGGGUUAAUCCCUUGUGCUGGCAGGACUGAUGAAAGACAGGUCAGGGUUUCGAAUCCAGGGAGAGCUUGUUGAGCUCCCUCUGUCAGCUCCAGCUCCCCAGGCGAGGACAUGAGAGUAGCCUCCCACAAGGAUGGUAAAAAACAUCAAAACAUCCGGGCAUCCCCUGGGCAACGUCCUUGCAGAUAGCCAAUUCUCUCACACCAGAAGCGACCUGCAAUUUCUGAAGUUGCUCCUGAUAUGGAAAAAAAAGUAGUUCAGUGUGAGAGUCAAAGCUGUGAACCAGGAAAUUUUUAUUUCAAAUCUCACCUCAGCUCUAAACCGACAAAUGAGACUUUAAUAAGAUACUAUUCUCACUUCUACAAAUUAAGUAUCUUACAGACUUGUUCUAAUUUUUGAACAAGAUUCUAAAAUGAGUAAACUUAAAAAGCUACUAUACACUAUCCCAAAUUCAUUUCACUUUAUAUUCUUUUGAAGUACCUUUGAAAAAAAGUGGGUUGAACAUUCAUCACCCAGAAUGCCAGGAAUCCUUAUAGAAAGGGGAAACGGCCUGUUGUUUUGCUCUUGAAUGCAACUAGUUGCCUUUUAUUAAAUUAAAUUUAAAAUGGUCUUUCCUCUUGCCAACAAUAUUUGGACGGCAAAACGGUUUUGAUAACAAUGGUGCUAUUAUAGGGCCUAGAAGCACGCGGCACAGUAACCCUGAAGAACAUGCUACAUAUUACUUCAAUACAUUCUCUAAGGAAAUGUUAGUUCAGGCAAUGGUGGGAAUUUUGCAAAUUAAUGUGCGCGCAGAGGAGAGUACAUUGAUGCAAGACCUUAAGCCUUUCCGGAUUCUUAUCAGUUUACUGGACAAACCUGAGCUAGGACCUGUGAUAUUAGAGGAUGUUCUGAUUGAAGUAUUUAGGACCUUAUACACACAGUGCAAAACUGAAUUGGAUCUUCAAGUGGAGUCUUCUUUCAGCAAGGACCAUGCUCAGCUCAGCAGCAAACUGAGGGAAAAUAAGAAAACAGCAGAGCUGAUUAAAACUGCCAAUCUUCUGUUUAAUUCCUUUGAGCCUUAUUAUAUGUGGGAUUACAUUGCCCGCUGGUUUGAAGAAUGUUGUAGGAGAACGCUGCACGCCCGACUACAAACUGUGCCUGGCGGAGGCAGUGAACCCGCCGAACUUCCCCUCACCAAUUUUUGCCUGCUGGUUGAUUUUUUGUUGGAUAUAGUAUCCUUGCCUACUAGAAGUAUGAGAGUGCUUUGUCAGGAAACCUACAUUGAAAUACAGACUGAACACCUGCCUCAGUUGUUACUCAGGAUGAUCUCUGCAUUGACAAGCCACCUUCAGACUUUGCAUUUAUCUGAGCUUACAGAUUCCCUGAAACUCUGCUCUAAGAUUCUCAGCAAAGUUCAACCCCCGCUGUUAUCUGCAGGUACGGAUGGCGUCUUGCAGCUACCAAGUAGGCACAGCACCAUGAAAGAAUGGGAAGAUAAAAAGAUGCCACUAGUUUCAGUAGAAAACCCCAACGAUGUCUUUGAAGACGGUGAAAAUCCUCCAAGCAGCCGGUCAUCUGAAAGUGGCUUUACCGAGUUUGUCCAAUACCAAGCAGACACAGCGGAUGACAUUGACCGAAUGUUAAGUGGGACCCCUGGCAUCCCGAUCCUUGGCAGCGCCUCCUCGGAGACAGAGUCAGCCUCAACUGUGGGUUCGGAGGAGACCAUUGUGCAGUCUGCUUCCAGGAUGACCCAGGGGAUAGGAACUCGAAGUGGGAAGGCAACAACGGUCCAAAAAACUGCAAUGCAGUGCUGCUUGGAGUACGUCCAGCAGUUUUUAACCCGAUUUAUCAACUUGUACAUCAUUCCAUGCAACUCCCUGUCCCAGCCUUUGGUGACAGAGCUUCAGGAGGAACUCCCCAGAGGCAAAGGAGAGGCUGUGCAAUGCACCAGAGAGUCACAAGGAGAUGCAGCUAAAGGGAAAAAAAUUACCAAGAAGUCCACACCAAAAGAAUACCUCUCUGCCUUUAUGGCUGCAUGUCAGCUUUUCCUUGAAUGUUCAAGUUUUCCAGUUUACAUUGCUGAGGGAAACCACACCUCUGAAAUACAUGCUGAGCAGGCAGACAUUGAUUGUGAGCAAGAGCAACCCCCUUUGUGGCUCCAGACUCUGAUGAGUGCUUGCAGGCAAGCAAACGAUUUUGGCAUCCAAGGUGUUACUAUUUCUUUAAUAAUGGACUUAGUUGGAUUGACUCAGUCAGUUGCAAUGGUCACUGGAGAAAAUAUAAAUGGUGUUGAAAGUGCACAACCUCUAAGUCCAAACCAAGGAAGAGUGGCUGUUGUCAUUAGACCUCCUCUCAAUCAAGGCAACAUCCGGUACAUGGCUGAAAAAACAGAUUUUUUCAAGCAUGUGGCAUUGACCUUAUGGGACCAGUUAGGUGAUGGAACUCCUCAACAUCACCAGAAGAGUGUGGAGCUUUUUUUCCAGUUACACAAUCUCGUUCCAUCCUCUAGCAUAUGUGAGGAUGUUAUUAGUCAGCAGUUGACCCACAGAGACAAGAAAAUCAGACUGGAAGCUCAUGCAAAGUUUGCCGUGCUUUGGCACCUCACCAGAGAUCUCCAUAUUAACAAAUCCUCAUCAUAUGGCCGUUCCUUUGACAGAUCCCUUUUCAUUAUGCUCGAUAGCUUGAACAGUUUAGAUGGCUCUACUUGGUCAGUUGGCCAGGCCUGGUUAAAUCAAGUGCUCCAGCGUCAUGACAUUGCACGAGUCCUGGAGCCUUUGCUUUUGCUGCUACUUCAUCCAAAAACUCAGCGCAUUUCAGUUCAGCGGGUGCAAGCUGAGUGCUAUUGGAACAAAUCUCCCUGUUAUCCUGAAGAUGAAAAUGAAAAGCAUUUUAUGCAGAAAUUUAACUGUGAUGGUUCAUUUGGCCACAUGCCAGCAACUCAAGAACAAGAUGUCUCAGCCAAAGAGAACAAUGAGAAACAACUUGCCAUGGAUGAAAUGGAGAAUUUUAGUCUUACAGUCAAUCCCUUAAGUGAUAGGAUCUCCUUGCUGAGUACCAGCAGUGAAACUAUUCCUUUGGCUGCUUCUGAUUUCGACCUUCCAGAGCAUCAGAUAGAAAUAAUGCAGAGUUCAGAUUCUGGCUGUUCCCAGUCCUCUGCUGGGGAUAACUUAAGUUAUGAGGUGGAAGCGGAAAGCCUGACUGCCCCAGACCCUUCACAGCAUUUGAGAGAAGAGUCACCAGAUGAAAUAGUACAGCAGGUGGUCACAGACUUGAUAUGCACGGUUGUCAAUGGGCUUGGCGAAGAUACUGAACUGCCUAAACAGUAUCUGUAUGCAGAAGAUACUUCAGCUAAAUUGAGUACUUUGGAUCUCUCUGAAGAGAUAACUAAAAUUGAGGAGUCAAACAUCCAGGACAGUCAGAGUAGUUUGCUAAGCAAUGACAGCUCCCAGUUGCUCUCAGCCUCAACUGAGACAGGACUUGAAAGCAUUUCCAAUGAAAUCUCCAGAAACAAUUCCUCACCUUGCAUCUCAUCAAGCCAGCAGACUCUCUGUGACCCCAAUUACACAUCAACCGAAGCCAGGUCCAGGCAGAGAAGCCACAGCAGCAUCCAGUUCAGCUUCAAAGGGAAGUUCCCAGAGAAAGAAACUAUUGUGAAAGAGUCUGGUAAGCAACCAGGAGCAAAGCCCAAAGUCAAAAUAGCUAAGAGGAAAGAUGAAGAGAAGAAGAAAGCACAAGCUGAGAAGGUGAAACAAACCAGUGUAUUCUUCAGUGAUGGCCUUGACUUAGAAAACUGGUACAGCUGCGGAGAGGGAGAAAUCUCUGAGAUUGAGAGCGAUGCCGGGUCUCCAGGGAUGCGGAAAUCACCUCAUUUUAACAUCCAUCCUUUGUAUCAGCAUGUCUUGCUCUAUCUUCAGGUGUAUGACUCCUCAAGGACUCUGUAUGCCUUUUCUGCAAUUAAAGCCAUCUUGAAAACAAAUCCUUCUGCUUUUGUGAAUGCUAUCUCUACCACCAGUGUCAAUAAUGCCUACACCCCUCAGCUGUCCUUACUUCAGAACCUCUUAGCCAGGCAUCGCAUAUCUGUUAUGGGCAAAGACUUCUACAGCCAUAUCCCAGUGGACUCAAACCACAAUUUCCGGAGCUCCAUGUACAUAGAGAUCCUGAUUUCUUUGUGUUUGUACUAUAUGCGGAGCCACUACCCAACCCACGUGAAAGUCUCUUCGCAAGACCUAAUUGGCAACCGUAACAUGCAGAUGAUGAGCAUUGAGAUCUUGACCCUUCUCUUUGCUGAGCUGGCAAAAGUGGUGGAAAGUUCCACCAAAGGCUUCCCCAGCUUCAUUUCAGACAUGCUGUCCAAAUGCAAGGUGCAGAAGGUGGUCCUGCACUGUUUGCUGUCCUCCAUCUUCAGCGCCCAGAAGUGGCACAGCGAAAAGUUAGCUGGAAAAAAUAUAGUGGCAAUUGAGGAAGGUUUCUCGGAAGAUAGCCUUAUCAACUUCUCUGAAGACCAGUUUGACAAUGGUAGCACCCUCCAGUCUCAGCUCUUAAAAGUCCUCCAGAGGCUCAUUGUCCUAGAGCACAAGGUCAUGACUGUACCGGAGGAGAACGAAACGGGCUUUGACUUUGUCAUAACUGACUUGGAGCACAUCAACCCCCAGCAACCAAUGACCUCACUCCAGUAUUUACACUCCCAGCCCAUCACCUCCCAGGGCAUGUUUCUUUGUGCUGUGAUCAGAGCAUUGCACCAGCACUGUGCCUGCAAAAUGCACCCUCAGUGGAUAGGCCUCAUCACUUCUUCCCUUCCUUACAUGGGAAAAGUGCUCCAAAGGGUGGUGGUUUCUGUCACCCUCCAGCUUUGCAGGAACCUGGAUAACUUGAUUCAGCAAUUCAGAUAUGAAACAGGGUUGUCUGACAAUAGGCCCAUUUGGAUGGCAUCAGUUACUCCACCUGAUAUGAUACUUACUCUUUUAGAAGGCAUUACUACUAUUAUUCACUACUGCUUACUUGACCCUUCUGCACAGUAUCAUCAGCUUCUGGUUAAUGUUGAUCAGAAGCACAUGUUUGAAGCUCGCAGUGGGAUCUUGUCUAUCCUUCACAUGAUCAUGUCAUCUGUGACUCUUCUGUGGAGCAUCCUUCAACAGGCGGACUCUUCGGAGAGAACAGUCACUGCAGCUGCUGCAGCUGUUACUACCAUUAAUCUUGGAUCAACCAAGAACUUGAGGCAGCAGAUUCUUGAACUGCUGGGUCCAAUUUCAAUGAAUCAUGGUGUACACUUUAUGGCAGCUAUUGCAUUUGUGUGGAAUGAAAGGAGACAACAAAAGCAUACUUCAAGAACUAAGGUCAUUCCUUCUGCCAGUGAAGAGCAACUUUUGCUAGUAGAGUUAGUUCGUUCCAUCAGUGUUAUGAGAACUGAGACUGUUAUGCAGACGGUGAAAGAAGUCUUAAAACAACCACCUGCAAUUGCCAAGGACAAGAAGCAUCUUUCGCUGGAGGUCUGCAUGUUGCAGUUUUUCUUUGCAUAUAUUCAGAGAAUCCCUGUGUCCAAUGUUAUUGACAGCUGGGCCUCCCUGUUACUUCUCCUGAAGGACUCCAUACAACUUGGCCUUCCAGCUCCAGGGCAGUUCCUCAUACUGGGAGUUUUGAAUGAAUUUAUUAUGAAAAACCCAAAUCUGGAUAAUAAAAAGGACCAAAGAGACCUUCAGGAUGUUACUCACAAAAUAGUGGAUGCCAUUGGAGCAAUUGCUGGCUCAUCCUUGGAACAGACUACUUGGCUAAGGCGAAAUCUAGAGGUUAAGCCUUCCCCCAAGAUAAUGGUGGAUGGAAACAACCUAGAGUCUGAUGUUGAAGAUAUGUUAUCUCCAGCUUUGGAGACCUCGAGCAUAACUCCAUCAGUUUACAGUGUUCAUGCCUUAACACUGCUAUCAGAAGUUUUGGCCCAUCUUCUGGAUAUGGUUUUCUACAGUGAUGAAAAAGAGAGGGUUAUUCCACUUCUUGUAAAUAUCAUGCACUAUGUUGUGCCUUACCUCCGCAAUCACAGCGCCCAUAAUGCACCCAGUUAUAGAGCCUGUGUGCAGCUACUGAGCAGUCUGAGUGGAUAUCAGUACACAAGGAGAGCAUGGAAAAAAGAAGCUUUUGACCUGUUCAUGGAUCCUAGUUUCUUUCAGAUGGAUGCUUCCUGUGUUAACCACUGGAGAGCAAUUAUGGACAAUUUAAUGACCCACGACAAAACAACGUUUAGAGAUCUGAUGACACGUGUGGCUGUUGCUCAGAGCAGCUCACUCAAUCUUUUUGCUAAUCGGGAUGUAGAGCUGGAACAACGCGCUAUGCUCCUCAAGAGGUUGGCCUUUGCCAUUUUUAGUAGUGAAGUGGAUCAGUACCAGAAAUAUCUUCCAGAUAUACAAGAAAGGCUGGUUGAAAGUCUCCGCCUGCCUCAAGUGCCCACCCUCCACUCUCAAGUGUUCCUGUUUUUCCGAGUUUUGCUCUUAAGAAUGUCUCCACAGCACCUUACCUCACUUUGGCCAACCAUGAUCACGGAACUGGUCCAAGUAUUUUUAUUAAUGGAACAGGAACUCACUGCUGAUGAAGAUAUUUCAAGAACUUCAGGCCCAUCUGUGGCCGGCCUAGAAACCACAUACACUGGUGGCAAUGGGUUUUCCACAUCCUACAACAGCCAGAGAUGGUUAAACCUUUACUUGUCUGCCUGUAAAUUUCUGGAUUUAGCCCUGGCGUUACCCUCUGAAAAUCUGCCUCAGUUUCAGAUGUAUCGAUGGGCCUUCAUUCCAGAAGCCUCCGAUGAUUCAGGAUUGGAAGUACGGAGGCAAGGCACACAUCAAAGGGAAUUCAAACCAUAUGUGGUGCGCUUAGCCAAAUUACUUCGAAAAAGAGCAAAGAAAAAUCCUGAAGAAGACAGCUCAGGGAAAACCUUAAACUGGGAGCCAGGCCACUUGCUCCUGACCCUCUGUGCCAUCCGAACCAUUGAGCAGCUCCUGCCAUUCUUUAAUGUCCUCAGCCAAGUCUUCAACAGCAAAGUCACCAGCAGAAGCAUCGGCCAUUCGGGGAGCCCCAUGCUUUACCCCAACUCUUUCCCCACCAAGGACAUGAAAAUGGAGAACCAAAAGACAUUCUCCAGCAAAGCGAGGCAGAAAAUUGAAGAGAUGGUGGAAAAGGACUUUCUGGAAGGGGUCAUAAAGACAUGAGGCUCUCAAGUGGCCAAAAGUUAUCUUCUGUACAAAGUUUAUCUUCAAAUGAAACCACUCCAUCCUUCCAGAGUGUAUAGUUUCUUUUUCAUACUUUGUAUGUAAUGUAUACUUCAGGAUGUAUUUAAUUUAAAUACCUGUAAAUAAGUUCUGGAUGUGGCCUGAAUCAAGUUUAAAUAUCAUCGGCUCAUAUUGAUUAUGGUGCCUCUAAUAUUUAUGGUACAUUUUUUUGGUUUUUGUCAUCUUGAAGUCUGUCUUUAAAAAUCUACAAUACAAGUUGCACAUUUUUUUCUAA